CAUUACGGAACUGCCCCAAAACACUGCAGUGGAUGUCUCGGUGAAUCAAAUGGGCUUUAAAACCCCUCGCUCCAGUUUCGACCUCCCAGACGCCUGAAUGUAUGCUGACAAAGCUUUGAUGCAAAUGUAGCCUAUACAGUUGUUCUUUAAAUAAUCAAGAAAACAAUACAGUUCAAGCGCGUCAAUCAAAAAGUGACGACUUUCAUCGCAAAUACUUAGCUUGUAACCUAUAUUUUACAGUUUCAAUGUGACCUAUCAAAAUACAAUAUAGGAGAUGGUCGGAAAGCCAAUAAGGGCUUCAUGCCACUCUCAGGUCUAAUAAAUAAAGACGAGCGUGAAGUAAUAGCGAGUUCCUCGCGCAUCCUUUGAGGCUCUGUGGAAUUUGGACGUCCCUCCCCCACCGGCGUUGCUGUAGCAACUUGGCCAUAAAACCCAUCUUAGUCUGGAGCAUUUGUACAAUUGGGGUGCGGUGCAAUAAACUGUCUGAGAACCAAGGUUAUUAACUGUGACUAAGAGCGCGAAAAACAGCGACUGCAAUCACUGAAAGCUUGCGUUCACCGACUCUUCCGGCAUUUGUCUCAGGCUCGUGGCCGGAGUCCUCAGCGAUUAGCCUUCCUGAGCGCCGGAGUUUUCUCCACAAGGUGGCGCCAUUCAGCUCAAUGUCAUUGCCGAGGAUUUUAAAAUAUACUGCAGAAAAACAAUUUACGUCCGGUUCUGAAGAUGGACCAUGUCCUGAUGAUAUAACAAGGUAUUCCAGGUAGGCUAAAUAUCGAGUUCGUGUUUAUCUAUAAGUGUUUGGAGGUAGAGAAACUAGUAAAGAGAUUCUCUCCAUGAUAACUAGCUAUGCUACACUAUGCUGCUCAUAUAUCUGAGACAGUGCUGGAAUAUGUCUAUGACUGACUUUUUUUAAACUACAGUGUAACUUUUACAAUAUAAGGAAUUUUUAUUUUACCUAAAAACAAGGGGGAAAGAGUGAUAAACAGAAUAAAGGUAACUAAGUCGUCAGAUACAGGACACAUGAGCAAGGCCCGAGCCAGCAGGCCAGGCUGAGUUUCCUAGUGUCAAAAUCUUCUCAAUAUUUACAAUAUUAGGACAUGAAAUAUUAUUUCCUUAUUUUGCUUAAAAAAAAAAGUUUAGCAGCAGGAUGCUUCAAGUCACUUAAUAAGAAUUAUCUGCUAAACUAAAGGUGCAAAAGUCAUUCGCGCCACGUCGAGAUAGAAAGAGCAAAAACAGUGUUGGUUUCGUCUUAGAUGAAAAAGAAAACAUUCCAUGGCUAUCGAAAAAUAAUAAUAUAAGUAAUCCAUGAAAAUGACCAUGUAGCGAAUAUAGCUUCUUGUUAUAUAAGCAGGCCUUUCUCUCUCUCUCUCUCUCUCUCUCUCUCUCUCUCUCUCUGUGUGUGUGUGUGUUAGUAUUUUCCAACCAAACAUACCAAACACUGUGUAUGACUAAUGGCAUAAUUUUGUUCUCAGUAAAACUGAGAGGCGUAAGAUGUGGUCUAAGUUUAUGUAACUGACUCUGUUGCAAGUUUAGUAUUUGUAAGGUAUUUGCUCUGAGAUUUCAUAAAGCUAUUACAAAUAGCUACUAUGCAGUUUAAAUAUCAAACAUCACUCAGGAGUUUUUAGAAUAAAUUUAGUAUUAAAAAAGUAUUUAGCAUAUAGGUUAUACUGUUAUCCUUCAGGUUGCAUUGUAUAUCUAAUUACUGGCGGCUUUAAAUCUAUAAAAAGAAGGUUAUUUUAUUGUAACUUUGAAGGUCAUUUAGCGACACAAUAAUUUGCUUAAAUAGGUUGUAUGAAUAUAUAUUUGAUUUGAUUUAUAUUUGUCUAGUGUUUUUUUUUAAAUUCAAUAUAGCCUAGUACAAAUGGUAAGGGUAGGAGAUAGAUAGAUAGAUAGAUAAGAGGACAAAAAAGAUAAAAAAGCUAACUAUAAAUAAUAAAUAAAUAAAUUUAAUUCACUGUAUAUAAAUUAAAAUGAGUAAACUGAAUUUAUUGUCUUUUUGUAUUCAUAUGUGAUAGCACUUUCGAAUUGAUACAGUCAGCAAAACAUGACAAAAAAAUUCCUUUUGAACUUGAAUGCGGUUGAAACGGUUCUUCGUAACCCAAGUAGAUCGAAAUCUCGGAAGAUCAAUUGUAAUUCGCUUUAUUUUAUUACUUUGCUUGAUUAGUUAGUAAGGUUUACCAUUUUAACCCAAGCUGUUUUAUAGACACAUUGUUUUUUAUUGUGCUUUUUAAAAAAUCUGGGGUGCUCUGGCUGCCAUACCAGUGAUAAUGAAUGUGAUGAUCGUGUUAAAUUCCCUGUACAUGUGCUCAUACAAUAAGGAAAACACGAAUGCAGUAAAUACCUAUUUCACUUUCUUGUUAAAAAAAAAAUAGUAGCCCAAAGUGGAAGCAGUACACAACAGUUAGCCGACGUAUUGGCGGUGGGAGGAGCCUUUAGCUCCGAUGCGUUUUAAUUGGUUGUUAGCUCGCACUGAGUUGUACGGUUAUCAGUAAUUAUAUUCAGCAUGUUUUACCCAAGAAAUGACAUCCAGAAAGGGUUAUCUUCUUCGACCGUCAAAUUAUACUACGAAGAUGGCGUGCUCCAACAGCCCAUCUGCAAAUUCGUUUUUGGUAGACUCUCUGAUAAGCGGGAGAAGCGAAGGGAGUGCUCACUACUACCAAAACGGUGGCGUGUACUUGCCACCCAGCUCCGACUAUUCCUAUGGACUGUCUAAUUGUGGCUAUUUUCCCGGACCCAAACGGACUGAGAACCAAAAUAUGGUACCUACAACUGGCCCGUACAUGCAAGGAAUGGAAUCAUGGCUGGAGACUUCGAGGUCGUGUCGCACUGAACAGCUCAGCAGCCACAGCGUUUCCCGGUCCUUCUCCCCUGCCAUAAAAGAAGAAAACUCGUUUUGCUUCUACGAGUCAGGGAAGUGUCUAAAAAGCACGGGGACUGAAGACAUAUCUUAUUCCCGGGUGACGGCGAGCGCAUGUCCAGCAGGGAGUAACAGCAGCGUUCCUGUACCUGGUUACUUUCGCCUGUCACAAACUUGUUCAUCGUCCAAAGGUUAUUAUCCAGCCGACCUGUCCGAUUCGGGCCAUUUUGCCCGUUUUGAGAAAUCGUGUGCAACCCUUUCUGCAGAAACAAACAGGACAGAAAUCGAAGAGCCGGCCGCUCAGACAGACGAGGAGAGCCGGAGAUCACCGAGCGGCCCCUCUUCAUCUCCACAAGCACCAGAAAGUGAAGCAGAAAACCCGCAAAAAGCGAAUGAAGGAGAGUGUAAAAGUGACAGUACGGCCAACUGGCUGACGGCGAAGAGCGGGCGAAAGAAGCGCUGUCCCUACACCAAGCACCAGACUCUAGAGCUGGAGAAAGAAUUCCUCUUCAACAUGUACCUGACCCGAGAAAGACGUCUGGAGAUCAGCCGCAGUGUUCACCUAACGGACAGACAAGUAAAGAUCUGGUUUCAAAACCGCCGCAUGAAGUUAAAGAAAAUGACUCGAGAAAACCGCAUUCGCGAGCUGUCGGCGAACUUCAGCUUCGCCUGAGGAAGGAGCUCUGGCGCCCUCACGCAGCUGAAGCGCUGCUCAGAUUCCUCUCAAAGCGCGCACUUCUGACCUGUACAUAAUAUCACUGAUAACUUAUUGUCUCGUAUAUACUACUGUCUGAAUCCUUUUUUUUUUUUUUUUUUUUUGAAUAUCCGUUUUAUUUCACAUUUUUGUCCCGGUACUACAUCAUCAUUAUUUAUGAACUCUGCCAAGUGCAUUGGAUGUAGUCUACAAAUUGAAGAAAAUAAUGUUGUUUUAUUGACAGUUGUAUAUAAACAGACAGUAGUAUAUAUUAACUGUAUAUAGUAUGGCAACAUUUGCAUGAUGUAAUAUUAAUUGCAGUUACAAUCAUCGUUUGAAGUUAUUGAUUGUUAAGUCCAUGUUAAGAAUAUGCUGGUGACUGUUUUUGAAUUAGCUGAAGUGUUGAUGUGACAGAUCUAGCCUAAAUUCACCUCUUCACAUAGAAAGUAGCUGCAGCUUACUUAGGGAAUUCAUGCAGUUUUAAGAGUCCAGUUCCCAUUCAUCUAAGCCUAGAUGAAAGCAUUUUUAUCACGGAUAAUUUUACCUGUGGCGUGCUAUUGUAACUUUACAGUAUGCCUAUGGUUUGGAGCGGCCACGAAGAAAUGUCCUGCUUGUACAUAUCACAAACUGUAGGUCACUGAGGUGCAAUAUGAUUUUCGUUUUCAGCGAGGGAACAGUUGCUCGAUACCAUUUAUAAUUCGCUGCCAAAGAAUUGUGUGAACAGGCUGUUUGGGCAAAACCUAACAGCUUAUCUCUGACACCGCAUUCUCCCAAUCUUGUGGCAAUCUGCGAAUUCUUCUGAAACUAGCAAGUAUUUGAAAACAUACCUAAAACACGUUUAUAACACUUUUUUCCCCCAAGAUGCCUGUGUGUCUGAAUUAAAAAUAAAUAGUUUGCAAAUGUGAUACUUGA